AGCUUGCACAGCGUUACAUCUUCAGCUGUGGAUUGGUGCUACGGUCUCACUCGCUUGACCUACAUUGCUCAGUCGAAUCAUGCAGCUGUGAGACGCAAGUAAGACAAACCUUCUCAGCUAUUUUCGCCUAACAGGGCUUGUGGAUUUGCUGCAAAUGACGAUUGCCUCUCAAGGCUGUAACAUCAAAUCCGGGUCAUUAUUCCAGCGAAGAAGUACUACUUGAGCAAACCGAAAACAUCAAUUCCAGAGACGCCAUCAAAUACAUCUAACCAUCCUUAAUCAAUCCAUCACAACCUCUCGAUCGACAUAUCCUUGCCAAACUAGUUCAACUCCACCAACUCCAACCCAUAACACCAUGGACACCUCAGACUCCUUCCUCAAAGCCCCAGAAAAACAGAUCUUCACCAGACCUCUCCGUGUCCUAGUAAUCGGCGCCGGGAGCCGAGGAACAGCAUACGCCCAAUCCACACUCAACGCAACAAACUCCCUCGUGGCCGCAGUCUGCGAACCCAUAGAGUACAAGAGGCGGGAAUUCGGACGAAAGUUCAUCUGGGGCACCAGCCCCGCGAAGCCUAACCAAGCGUUUCCAGACUGGCGAGCAUGGGCCGCGUACGAGGCGCAGCGGCGCGAGAAAGAGGAACAGGGGGAAGACGUAGAGGCGGGCAUCGACGCCGUGUUUGUAUGCGUGCUGGACGAGAUGCACGAAGAGGUAGUGUGUGGCAUUGCACAUCUACGCGUGCAUGUUUGCGUUGAGAAGCCGCUGAGCACGCGGCUGGAGAGCUGCGUGAGGAUGUAUCGGGCGUUGAAGAGCGCUGGCACAGAUGCAGAUAUAGGAAAGAAGAAAGACCCCAUCUUCGGCAUCUGCCACGUCCUGCGCUACUCGCCGCAUAACAUGCUGCUGCGGGAUCUAGUCCUGGAGAAGAACGUCAUCGGCGAUGUUCUGAGCGUCGAACAUGUCGAGCCGGUGGGCUGGUGGCACUUUAGUCACAGCUACGUCCGAGGCAACUGGCGCAAAGAAUCCACAUCCGCGCCCUCUCUCCUCACAAAAUCAUGCCACGACAUCGACUUCCUGAUGUGGCUCCUCUGCUCGCCCGCCCGAUCCGCACCCAUCUCCACGCCCCCACACCUCCCCUCAACCAUAACCUCCACAGGCACACGCUCCUUCUUCCGGCGCGAGCGCAAACCAAAAGCCGCCGGCACCGCAACAAACUGUCUCUCCUGCCCGCACGAACAAGCCUGCACCUACAGCGCCAAGAAGAUCUACCUCGACCGGCACCUGCGCAAGGGCAACACAGCCUGGCCCAUAAAAAUCAUCAACCCGGAAAUCGAAGACAUCUUCCACACCGCGGGGAAAGACGCAGCAGAAGCCCAGCUCCUAGCUAACCUCGCGGAGGACUACACGUCCAGCACGCCUGUGGCUGACGUCGAGAAACGGCCUUGGUUCGGGCGCUGCGUGUGGGACGCUGAUAACGAUGUGUGCGAUGACCAGCACGUAGUCAUCAGCUGGGCGGACUCCCCCCUUCCCGGGCCCAACACCGAUGAUGAGAGGAACCGCCGCGCUGCAAAAACAGCGUCCUUCCACAUGACGGCCUUCACGCAGAAGAUCUGCGAGCGCCGCGGCCGCAUCUACGGCACUGCUGGCGAGCUCGCGUAUGACAGCACGACGAUUAGCGUGUAUGAUUUUGCGUCGGGGGAGACGGUGGUUCAUGAGCCGCAUUUGGCGGGCGGGGGGCAUGGGGGCGGGGAUGAGGGGCUGGUGAGGCAGUUUUUGAGGGCGGUGGAUGCGGUGGAGAGUGGGGGCGUAGAGGCGCAGGAGGCGCAGAGGAGGUUCCUUGGGUGCGAUUUGGAGGAGGUGGUGAGGAGUCAUGCGGUUGUGUUUGCGGCUGAGGAGGCGAGGAGGGAGGGGAGGGUGGUGGAUUGGGGGGUUUGGUGGGGGGAGAGGGUUGAGGGGGGGUUGGGGGCGUAG